UUCUGAAUACUUGCCGUAGUGUUACAGUGACUUUCUUUCCGCCGCCAGCUGUUCAGAACCAGCUGAUGGACACCCUGCAGAACGUCGCCGCCUCUCAGGAAGGACUCCACAGGUUCCUGAUGGGCGGCUCUCAGCUCAAUCUGUCCGGCUCAGACACCACCACCGUCGAGGGAGAGGUGCCUGAAUCAGAGAGAAACAGUAACAUGGUCUUCUUCACCCGCAGUGUUGUGGCUGCUCUGAACUCCGGCAACAACACGCAACUGGACGCCAUCCUCACGGAGAUCAAGGGCCUCAAUUUCAACUUCAAGAAAUACUUCCACUCGGUGGCGUGUCCCGAGCCCUUCAUGAACCUGGGCGACGAGUGCUUCAGCUUCCAGCUGGAGGACAAGACGUGGGCGGAGUCACACCAGCGGUGCCUUGAGCUCGGCGGUGACCUAGCCAUCCCCAAAAACCUGACUGAAGUGCGACUUUUCAUCAACGCAAACUUCCCCCGUAAGAACCGCAGGAACUUUUGGCUGGGAGGAAUUGAGAACAACAAGGUGUGGGAGUGGCUGUCCGGAGACCCUGUCCACCCUGCACUCUGGCACACCAACGAGCCCUCAGGAAACGGCGACUGUCUGGCGAUGUUUGAUGGGUGGGAGAGGCCACUCAGUGACUUCCCGUGCGAGAACGAGCGACGCUCCAUCUGCGAACGCGUCAUGCGAAACUAGACAGCGUUCCCCUACUCUUCGUCAUAUUGCUUCUCCUCCUCAUUCCUCAACAGGUGUGUCUUCGAAGGAGUCGAGUUGAUAGAAAGCGUGUUCUUGUCCUUUGUCUUGAUAGUGUGGUAACAGUACGAGAAUAACCUCACUUAGUGGUACAAGUUGUUCUCUACUCUCAAGCACUUAUGUAGUGUUAAUUAAAUGUAAUGUAAUGCACCUAGACACCAGAAAGUGUUUUUAGGAAGUACAUACUCAAGUGAAAUGUUGCUGAUGUAGUUUUAUUAGUGUUUUACAUGGUUAUGGCAGUGGUAAACUAGUUGUUGCUGUAUUGUGUUAGUAGUGAUAGUCAUGUGUGUGUGUGUGUGUGUGUGUGUGUGUGUGUGUGUGUGUGCGUGCCCGGACGCAAAGCAUAAACUGUAGCAGCUGAAGCAUCUAGACUUGAUCUAAUAAAACACACGAUGCCUAUAAACGCAAACAAUGAAAUUAGAUCAGUGA